AUGUGUGGAAUCCUCGGACUCAUUCUCGGCGAUCUCGACGACCCCUCCUCCACGACUGCGGCUACCGAUCUUCACGAUGCCCUUUACUACCUUCAACAUCGAGGACAAGAUGCGUCAGGGAUUGCUACUUGCGCCUCUGGCGGAAGGAUCUACCAGUGCAAAGGCAAUGGCAUGGCAGCCAAGGUCUUCCAUGACGGGUCCAGAGUACAAGACCUUCCCGGUUUCAUGGGCUUGGGACACCUGAGAUACCCCACUGCUGGCAGCAGCGCGAGUGCUGAGGCUCAGCCCUUCUACGUGAACAGCCCUUACGGAAUUACGUUUGCGCACAACGGCAAUUUGAUCAAUGCCGAGGAUCUUCGGAUAUACCUCGACAAAGAGGGCCACAGGCACAUCAAUACCGAUAGCGAUAGCGAAUUGAUGUUGAACAUAUUCGCCAACGAGUUGAAUGAGACCGGAAAGGCUCGAGUCAACGAGGAAGAUCUCUUCAAUAGCUUGGAGCGAAUGUAUGGAAGAUGUAUUGGAGGUUGGGCUUGCACAGCUAUGCUGGCUGGUUUUGGCAUUCUUGGCUUUCGUGAUCCUCACGGCAUUCGCCCUCUCGUUCUAGGAGAACGCCCUUCCGAAACCCUUGCCGGCACCAUGGACUACAUGAUGGCUUCCGAAUCGAUCGCUCUACUUCAAGGUGGUUUUGGAAACAUUGUGGAUGUCCUUCCUGGACAAGCGGUCAUCAUUCGCAAGGGAUGCAAGCCAACUUUCCGCCAAGUCGUUCCUCAGAUUUCGUAUUCCCCGGACAUUUUUGAAUACGUUUACUUCGCGCGACCUGAUACGAUUAUUGACGGCAUCAGCGUCCACCGAAGUCGACAAAAUAUGGGUUACAAGCUCGCUGACCAGAUCGUCCAAACGCUCGGCGCCGAAGCUAUCAAGGAAAUCGACGUUGUUAUUCCUAUCCCGGAGACAUCAAAUACAGCCGCGGCUAGUUUGUCGGAGCGACUCAAGAUCCCAUAUUGCCAAGGCUUUGUUAAAAACCGUUACGUGUUCCGGACUUUCAUCAUGCCUGGACAAGGUGCACGUCAAAAGUCCGUACGUCGAAAGCUAAGUGCCAUUCCAUCUGAAUUUGCCGGUCGGACUGUUCUCCUCGUCGAUGACAGUAUUGUCAGAGGUACUACUAGCCGAGAAAUUGUUAGCAUGGCGAGAGAAGCUGGGGCCAAAAAAGUAAUCUUCGCUUCAAGUUCUCCUCCUAUUACACAUGCUCAUAUCUAUGGUAUCGACCUUGCUUCUCCACAAGAGCUUGUCGCGCACAACCGGGACCGUCAUGCUAUUGCUAAAAACAUUGGUGCUGAGGAAGUCAUUUACCAAUCUCUCGAUGAUCUGAAAGCCGCUUGUGCGGAGCUCUCACCACGAGGUCCGAGCCAGACAUUUGAAGUUGGAGUUUUCUGUGGCAAAUACGUCACUCCGGUUACUCCCGGUUACUUUGAGCAUCUAGAAAGGAUCAGAGGCGAGAGUAAAAAGCUGAAGAUUAUUGAAAGUGCUAAAGAAGCCGUUAUGAACGGCGUCGCUGGGGCAGAAGAGUUUAAUUUGAUUACCCAUGGUGCAGUUGUCAACGAAAAGGGCCAAGUUGUUCCGGAGCAGAAGGACGGGGUGCAUGACAAGGCCAGUGGAGAUACAAAUGGAUUAGCUCGACGUAAAAGAGAAAGAGAUGAAGCAGGUACUCCGCCCGUCAGGGAUCGUCAUGAUAUCAGCUUACAUAACUUUGCGAAUGAACCCGAGAGAGGGUACGAAUAA